AUGCGUAGAGUUACACCUUCUGAUAAUAUAGAUCCUACGCGCAGUAAAGAAAUUGAGAAUAUUAUACAUUGCUCUCUUCAACACUUUGAAUACGAUGAUGCUGUAAUGCUCGCCGAAGUGUAUCAUGAAACAGUGAAUACUACUGAUUCGUUGUAUUUAUACGCUUAUUGUUUAACUCGAGCUGAACGUAUGGAGGCAGCAUAUAAUUUAUUGAAACUCAAAUUUCUUUCAUCUGCAGAAAUUCGUUAUCUGUUUGCACAUUGCUGUUAUCAUCUAGAAAAGUAUCAAGAAGCAGAAAUGGCUUUACGUAUGCAUGAUCAACCCAAAUUAGAUGAUUGUUUCACCAACACUUCUGUAGAAUCGUUUGCCCACAGUCUGCUCAGCAGAGUUUUCAUAGAAACUGGUCGACCUGAUGAAGCAGCUGAUGAAGGUAAAUUAGCAUUAGAGCAAAAUGUAUUCUCAUGGACGAGUUUGAAAACAUUGUGUAAUUUGGGCGUUGGAAAUCCAGAAAACAUCUAUACAAAUUUGUUGACAUGUGUUAAUGAAGCGCGUUCAGCAGAUAAACCAAAAACCUCGAAAAGCAUGGGUGUAGCAACGAGGAGCGCUGAUAAAUUGGCAAAAAGUGCGGAGAAAAGAACGCCAAGCGGUAGUAAAGAAAUUGAGCAAAAAGUAACUUGCUUUGCACCAAAAAAAAGUAAAACGAACAUAGUAGCUAAGCGAAAUACGGAGCUAGGUAUAGUCAGAAGACGACUGGAGGAAGGCAUGGAGACAAGGCGCAGCAUGCGCUCAUAUGGAGUCUCACAGGACAGCGAAAAUCAAACUGUUUCAAAGGAUUUGAGAUCUUCUACACGUUCUCGUGUUGUAGGCCUCUCUACAAGUGGGGUGCCACGUAGUUUGCAAGACAAGCAAUUACGCUCAGUGAAUCGCAUUAACGAAAUGGAAUUAUCGAAAACGCCACCACCAAUAGCUUCAAUUCAUAAACUUAUAGAAUCAAAUGAUGACCUCCCAGAUACGCCACCUAAAUUGCAAGAUGAAUCUGCUCUCCAAGCGCAAAAAAGCUCAUUAAGCCGUACACGUUCAGGCUCUCAACCUUGUGUUAUUCCCCUUUCUUCACACGACCAAAAUACUGUACAAUUUAAACAGGAACCAGAAUCAUUGGAUCUCUCGUUUGUUUUCUCGCGUUCAUCAUCCAGUGUAUCGCUGACAUCUUCCUGUUCACCCAAACCACCCAAACAUCGUAACAGGGAGAAGUUUCGAUUGGAGACAUGUACCCGAAUAAUGAAACGUUUGCAAAGUUUCCUCUCGAAGCCGCCAUCAAUUCAACGUCUUCAGCAUUGUAUUGCUGACUGGUCUGCUUUAUUCACAACAGUGGUAGAACACAUUAGUUGGUUAGCUAUGCUUCAAUGUGCUGUGGCGACAUACAGGUCAAACUCAGUAAUUGGUCGCUACAACCUGAUGCCUGAAAAGUGUAAAAAAUUCGCUUUGGCCAGAGAAUUGCUGGCUCGGGCCUAUUUGGAAAAACUCGAUUAUACAAAGGCUACAGAAAUCCUGGAAGAACUUCGUCGAGAAUUUCCACAUCGCGUUGCGGGAAUGGAGAUUCUUUCAACAGCACUGUGGCAUGCGCAAGAUGUCCGUCGGCUGUCGGUACUUGCCAUGCAAAUAACAGAGGAAUGUCGCUUUUGUCCUGAGGGUUGGUGUGUAGCCGGUAAUUGCUUCAGCGUGCAAAAGCAGCAUGAUACAGCCAUUGAAUGCUUCGAACGUGCUGUUACUAUUAAUACACGUUUUCCAUAUGCUUAUACGUUGUUAGGACAUGAAUUGCGAGCACUUUUACUUUGUCCGACAGAUUAUCGUGCAUGGUUCGGAUUGGGUUUAUUACAUUUUAAAAAAGAACAAGUGAACCUUGCUCGUGUUCACUUAAGCCGAGCUGUAGCAAUCAAUCCGUUUAAUUCUGUUCUGCUAUGUCAAUUAUCGGUUGUUGAACAAGCGUUGCACCAUAAUGAUACGGCAAUGGAACUGUUACAGAACGCUUUGAAGAUUUCACCAAACAAUGCCGCCUGCAGAUUUUAUCGUGCUCGUUUGCUGUAUGAAAUGCAUGAUUAUGCUCAAUGUCUUGAGGAAUUAAAUGAUUUAAAACUUAUUGCUCACGAUGAAGCGCAGGUAUUUUUCCUUCUGGGUCGCGUACAUAAAAAGCUUGGUGACACACAUCUAGCGUUAUUAAACUUUAGUUUGGCAGCCGAAAUGGAUCCCCGUGGAGAACAAAGUCGCAAUAACUUUACUGAUGCACCCUAUGAUGACGAACCUUCCUCUCCUCAUUCUGAAUGA